ACGCGACGUGUGUAAGAUGAACGAGAGUCCAAGUAAAGAAAAUUCCACGGUCAAUCAUCAAAUAAUACCGUUCCCACUCUCACUCUCAUGGUGAGAGUGUCCUACUUAUAGCUGGGCUUCCUUUGGUUCCAUUUCAGAAGCCUCUUGCUCGCCUUCUUCCUCGUAUCCCCUGAAGGAGGUGUACUACGAGGAUGGGCACAGGAGAAAGCGGACGAAAUCUAGAGGAAACAUCAACAUGGGCAGUUGCGAUGAUAUGCGCUGUUCUCGUCGUCAUCUCCAUUGCCAUUGAACAUGGCAUCCACCUCGCAUCUAAGUGGUUAAAAAAGCAUCACAAAAAGGCGCUCCAUGAAGCCUUGGAAAAGGUCAAAUCUGAGCUGAUGCUGCUCGGCUUCGUAUCGCUGCUCCUGACGGUUGGGCAAGGCACCAUCACUGAUUUAUGCGUGCCGAAGAGUGUUGCCCAUUCAUGGCACCCUUGCAAGAUGGAAGCCCCUGAUGCUGCUGGCUCCGGGAGCCAUGAAUCCAGCGAAAGCAAUCCCGGCCGGAGGCUUCUCCACCACUCAGAAUCCAUGGCCAGUUUCCGACGAGUCUUGAGCGGUGGAGCGGAGCCGGACAAAUGCGCGGCCAAGAACAAGGUUUCAUUCAUUUCUGCCGAUGGUCUCCACCAGCUCCACAUAUUUAUCUUCGUUCUAGCCGUCUUCCACGUGCUCUACUGCAUAUCCACUAUGGCCUUGGGCAGUUUAAAGAUGAGACACUGGAAAUCAUGGGAGCUUGAGACGAGGACAGCAGAAUACCAGUUCUCGCAUGAUCCUGACAGAUUUCGAUUGGCGAGAGAAACUUCAUUCGGUCAUCGUCACCUGAACUUCUGGAGCAAGUCGCCGAUUCUCACCUGGAUUGUGUGUUUCUUUAGACAGUUUGUGAGAUCAGUUCCAAAAGUUGAUUAUCUGACACUACGACAUGGGUUUAUCAUGGCACAUUUAGCCCCGCAAAGCUCAAGCAAGUUUGACUUUCGAAAUUACAUAAAGAGAUCACUGGAGGAGGAUUUGAAGGUCGUGGUAGGGAUCAGCCCCCCACUAUGGGCCUUUGCAGUACUCUUCCUGCUAUUUAACACUCGUGGCUGGCACUCCUAUCAAUGGCAUCCAUUUAUCCCUUUAAUUACUAUACUACUUGUAGGGACAAAGCUUCAGGCGAUAAUAAUAAGGAUGGCCUUACAAAUCAUGGAGCGAGGAGAUGUUGUUAAGGGAGUGCCGGUCGUUCAUCCCACAGAUGAUCUCUUCUGGUUCAAAUGUCCUCGGCUUAUGCUGUACCUCAUCCACUUUGUCCUCUUCCAGAACGCCUUUCAGCUUGCCUUUUUUGCGUGGAGCUGGUAUGAAUUCGGGUUUCCUUCAUGCUUCCACCAGCGUGUAGAAGACAUCGUCGUCAGAUUUUCCACGGGUGUCCUUAUACAGGUUCUAUGCAGCUAUGUUACACUUCCUCUCUAUGCAUUGGUAACACAGAUGGGUUCCAACAUGAGGCCUACGAUAUUCAGUGAGAGAGUUGCAACUGCCCUAAGAAAAUGGCAUCAUACAGCCAGGAAGCACUUGAAAGAGAAUAGGCAGUCUGGAAGCCUAACCCCAUUGUCCACAAGUAUGCCUGCUACCCCAACCAGUGGAUCAUCUCAGACAAACCUGCUGCGGCACCUUCAGAAUCUAGAUAGUUUCCAAGAUUCUUCAAAUCGCUGCAGUUUUAAUAAAGAACAUUUUAACAUUGAAAGGUCCCCGUCGCCAUCCAACCGCAAAGUCCAUGGUUUAUCUCCUCAACGACAAAAGAUCAGGCCACAACGAGAAGUACCCUUGCCAUCCAACCACACAAUCAAUGGUUUAUCUUCUCAACAACAAGAGAUCGUGCAACAACAUGAAGUCGCUCGAGGGGAAAGAGAAAUGCAAGAGUCGGGUGGUUCUGUACCAUUGCCACCCCUAGAGGACAGGAAUCAUCAACAUAUAGUUGCAAUUUCCACUAAUUUCAUCUUUGAUAGAAGAGAGGAACAAUGAGUUGGAGGCUCCAAACUGUUUUCACUAUAGUGUCACUUCCUCCAUUAGCAGGUUCUUGAAGCCUUGAGAAACCAAGUUAGCAGUGCCAAUCCUACAAGUUCGGCCAAAGCCCAGCUGAUGACAUUAAACAGUUCUGCCAGUUUGCAGUUUCGUUUCUUUAUAAAGCUUUCUAGAUAACCAAAUUUAUCAUGAUUGUCGCAUACUAUGUUAGCUAUCAAUUUGAAGCACAAAUGUUACAUUGUCAUAUAAGAAAGAAAUUAUGAAGAGAAGAAAAACA